CAGCCGGAAAGAUGAUUGUGAAACAUAAACAGGAAGCGGCUGGGCAGAGUUUUGGGGAGUUGUUGGACAGCCAUUGCAGUGUCGUGGCUCAGUAACAAAAUACGAAAAAGGAGAGGAAGAACUGGCAUCACGCAGGCUCUCUCUUUUUUGACCGGGAGACCAAUUUACAUGAGUAUAAGAGCGAUUACACUCGUUAAAUUAAUCUACAACUAAAUAACGGGUGUGAGGAAACAUUAACAGCUCUUCAGACACCGAAGAAUUAGUUCAGAAGGUGGACAGUUAUAAGGGCAAACUCUCAACACGUGUAGUUUGGUGAUUUGUGAGAUUCAACAGCUCCGGAUAUGUCAUUCCUAUUCGAUUGGAUUUAUAGCGGUUUUAAUAGCGUACUACAGUUUUUAGGACUGUACAAGAAAUCUGGCAAGUUAGUAUUUCUUGGCCUGGACAAUGCUGGCAAAACGACGCUACUGCACAUGCUCAAAGAUGACAGAUUGGGACAGCAUGUGCCAACUUUACAUCCAACCUCGGAAGAGUUGACGAUUGCUGGCAUGACCUUCACCACCUUCGACCUUGGGGGUCACGCACAAGCCCGCAGAGUUUGGAAAAACUACCUCCCUGCCAUUAAUGGCAUCGUCUUCCUUGUGGAUUGUGCAGACCAUAUGCGAUUGGCCGAAUCAAAAGCAGAACUUGAUGCAUUAAUGACAGACGAGACCAUUGGAAAUGUGCCUAUCCUGAUCCUGGGCAACAAGAUCGACAGGUCAGAAGCCAUCAGCGAGGAGAAGCUGAGGGAAGUUUUUGGAUUGUACGGACAGACGACAGGCAAGGGUAACAUUCCCAUGAAGGAGCUGAACACAAGACCACUGGAGGUGUUCAUGUGCAGUGUGUUGAAGAGGCAGGGCUAUGGCGAGGGCUUCCGCUGGCUCUCCCAGUACAUCGACUAAAUAAGCCAAGCAGCCAUAACAUACCAACACCACCACCACCAUCAGGGGGGCGCUAAACCCAACCACUCAAGACGCCCACCAUUGCCACCAGUACCAUC